UAAGGAAAUAUUUUUUGACAAAGUUCUAAAAUUAGAGUAAAAAAAAAAUAAGAAAUUUUUAAAAUUAACUUUCUGGAAUUUCUAUUAUAUAAAGGAUAUAUGUUUCUUUCUAGAAUUAAAGAAAAACAUUUAAAGUAUAAAAACAUUCACUCUGCUCUUAGUUUUUAUACUGUUGACUUAUCGUGGAUUUAAACUGAUAUAAAUAUUCAUUGCCAAUCAACUCAUGGCUUAGAGGAUAAAUAACCUUUGACACACUUAGUUGUUGUUUUAUUGAAUACUUUAAAAGAUGACAGUGUUUUGGAAUCGUAAAAAUAUUAAAUACAUUUCUUUUUCUCAUUUAAUUAUUACUUUUCUUCUUAUUUCAGAGAUAAAAUGCUGCGAUGAAGAAUAUUUAAAAUUUCCCAAAGGUUUUCAAAUAGGAGCUGCAACAUCUGCGUAUCAAAUUGAAGGAGCAUGGAAUAUUAAUGGUAAAGGUGAAAAUAUAUGGGAUUCAUUUUCACACUCAUCUUCAUCAUUGGUAAACAACAAAAGUACUGGAGAUAUAGCUAGUGACUCAUAUCAUCUCUACAAAGAAGAUUUCAAACUUUUAAAAGACAUUGGGUUCGAUUUCUAUCGAUUUUCAAUAAGUUGGACUCGAAUUUUACCAAAUGGUUUUGCAAAUAACAUCAGUAAAGAGGGCAUAAAAUAUUACAAUGAUCUACUUGAUGAAUUACAUUCAAAAGGAAUCAAACCUUACGUAACACUGUAUCAUUGGGAUCAUCCUCAAGUACUGGAGAAAUUAGGUGGUUGGACCAAUGAACUAAUGGUAAAAUGGUUUACAGAUUACGCUAGAGUGGUAUUUAGAGAAUUGGGACCAAAAAUCAAAGUCUUUAUUACUCUCAAUGAACCUCAUAGUUUAUGCAAUUAUGGUUAUGGAACCUCUUAUCUUGCACCAGGAAUGAAUUUACCUGGUGUUGCAAAUUACAUUUGUGGUCACAAUAUGUUAAAAGCUCAUGCUAAAGUUUAUCAUUUGUACAAAGAAGAAUUUUACAAUGAACAAAAUGGAAUAAUAGGAAUAGCCAAUGUAUGUAAUUCUUUUUUUGCUAAGAAUGAAAAUGACAUACUACAAGAUGAGGCAUUUCAAUUAUCUUGUGGAUGGUUUUCUCAUCCGAUAUUCUCAAAAGAGGGGGACUAUCCGCAAGUAAUGAAAAAAUUAGUAAAGGAAAAUAGUAUUCUUGAAGGAUGGACAAAUUCUAGAUUACCAACGUUUAACAAAAAAUGGAUAGAUUACAUAAGAGGCACUGCAGAUUUCUAUGCUUUGAAUCAUUAUACCUCUAGAAUUGGUGAACGAGGAUUCAAUGAUGAAAGAAAUGUAGAGUGGUACGAUUUGAAUGCAACAUUUACUAUGGAUCCAAAAUGGCCUAGAGGAAAAAGUUUCUGGCUUGCUGUAGUUCCGGAGGGAUUAAGAUACAUACUUAAGAAAUUAAAAUCUGAAUACGGAAACAUGCCAAUUUAUAUAACAGAAAAUGGAUAUUCUGAUGAAGGUGAGCUGAAGGACACAAAGCGUGUAGAAUAUCAUUUUUUAUAUUUAAAAGAAAUGUUAAAAGCUAUUUUCGAAGAUGGAUGUAAUGUUCAAGCAUACACUGCUUGGUCAUUAAUAGAUAAUUUUGAAUGGACCAGUGGAUACAGUGAACAUUUUGGACUAAUAAAAGUGGAUUUUAAUGAUUCUUUAAGGAGACGAACACCGAAAUAUUCUGCAACUUGGUUCAAAAAUUUAAUAAAAUUUCGUCAACUUUCUUUGAAAUAUAAUUAACUUUAAUUUUAUAAUUAUAUUUAUUGUAUAGUAAUAUUUAUAAAUUAUACAUAAGGUUCUUUUUUCGCUUAACAAUGUAGUAGUAGAAGAUAUAAUUUGUUAGAUAAAGUCUACUAUACGAACGGAAAAAUAAAUUGACAUACAAAAUAUUUACUUAUCCCCUAA